AUGUCAGCUGCCGUGCUGAAAACGUCGCAACCGCGAGAUAAGCGUUGCCAGAAGAGGACAAUCAAUCCGUUUGAAGUUGAUACGGUCUUGGGACAAGUUCCGGAUAAAAUCAACGAGCUGGAUACCCUCCAAAACGUCAUCGACGAUGCUACCAUGUGGGGCAAUGGUCCCAAAUUUCGUUCAACCGGUAGAUGGUUCGUAGGACCCAAAUUCUUGUAUGGCCCGGAGAAUGAAUGGCCAAACCGAAAUUUGAAUGUAGCAGAACCACCUGAAGAAAUCCGAUCGGUUCAUAUUCAUCGCGGGACCAACAGUGUACAACUAGUUGACUUUUCUAAGUUUUCAUCGUUCGAACGCCUCGCUUACAGCCACAACACCAUCGAUCGUUAUCGUCCUGUUAGAAUCAACAUCGAUUCGGGAGUUUUGCCUACGCAGAAAGAUUACGAAGCCGCAGAAAUAUCGAUACCACAAUCCGCAAAGACGGUGCGGAAGGAAUCGUUAAAAGUGGCCACAAGCGACCCGACGAACAUGCAACUUCCGCCCAGCCCUUUUGUCGAGUUUGUUUCCGGAUCGAGAAUUCCCGGAUGGUGGAAUUCGGAUGUUAACAAUAGCAAAUCAGUCGAGUUUACAUCGCGAAAAUUCGAAACCAAUACAGGAGACAGUAUAACGUAUAAUAUCAACAAUAUCAAUACAAACAUUGUCAACAACAUAACGGGGGGGACUUUGGGCGCAACAAGUGGCGGCACUGUUCAGGCACUAAACCAAGCUCAGAUACCGGCCAUUGCUACGGGUUCAUCAUCUACUUCCGAUCCGAUCGGAGGUAGCUCGGGAACAACUCAGUUCACGAUUCCGACCCCUAGCGGCAACGCACAGAUCUCGUACAAUAAGGAAGCUGACAGUAGCCCAACCAUCAUCAAUAUUAACAAUAGUAAUCAGAAUAUUAUGGCCCCUCCCUAUCCCUUCCCAUAUCCGCACCAAUCCCACCAGCCAAAGGUCCCAAGCAUAGGGGCGUUGAACGAGCUGAGCAGCAAGUUCGGCACCAACCCUGGAUGGUCAGCCGGAGGAUCAUCCACACAAAGCGCCUUCGGAGAGUACAGUCACGAAAAUAGUGUCAUCACAAACUUCGAAACAAAAAAUCCUAACAAAUAUCACAGCAGUCGCAGCAGUGCUUAUCGCUAUGCCCAGCAAGACUACACACAACCGAGCAGCCAGCAAACACAGCCUACUACCCAUCACUAUCAAGCAAACUAUGGACUCUACCAUCCAGAAGGUGCCAAAGCAACCCCGAUUCAACAAACAAACGGUCGCCAUGGCUACGAACAGUUUCCACAUAUCAUGCGAAAUAAAUACGUUUCACCGACCAUGGACGACACCAGUCAACGGUACAGCCGUAGCCAUCAUCUACAUCCGUCAACCAACCAUUCACAAAAUCAUCACGAUCUCAUGUACAACGAACGAUCUCGUUUUCACACCAGCUAUCCCAUUGGUGGUUCUACCGGAUACACUCAUCCAACGCAUCCAAGCUUCUACCCGGUUAGCCAAGGAGCUAGCAAGAACAUCCUUAACCCCAACAUCGAAUAUUUCAAUGGAAACUACAUGAAACAGAUUCCUACAGUGACUCCACACAGUACCAAUCCCUAUCUUCAUAACCGCUCCACUUAUCUCCCUCAACCGUCAACCAUCCCCAGCUCCCACUACCAAAACUAUCCCCUCAAUCACACCUUCGACGAAACCACCUAUCACCACCGAUCUCGCAUUCCCAUCGCUCCACACCCCUACAACGACCCUCAAGCCCAACAAAACUAUCAUGGGUACCAUCACAAUUCCUCCGCGUACUCCACAAACCAAAAACAUUCCUUCAGUGGCAAAUCGCUUAGCGACUUCUACAACCCUGCAAACCACUACAACAACCAUCCGGGAUCCUCGAUACACCACUAUGGUGCCAUCAAGUACACCUCCCAAACCAUCGUUCCUCCCAAAACACUACAAAAUCAUCACCCAUCCCUCGCAACUCAACAAAACCACCAGCAUCUCCAACAACCCAUGCAACCUCAACCUACCAACCUCACCCCCAGCAACAACUGCUUCUUUGACACUCCCAGUCCCAACAUCAACAUGGAGCACCCGCUUGUCGACCUCGAAGAACAAAUCAACAGCGUCAAGAUCCUCAAAACCAAUCGGGACCCAUCGGUACCGGCUCCUAUCGGCUCAUACAAUUCCAACCACCCCCUUAACUAUGAUUGCCAGCAAAAAUACCUGAUGAAUCGUUACCUAUACGACAAACCCGAAAACUACAUUCCAAACGGAGCGCAGCCCACCAACUACGGCCACACCACCAUGCAGGACUUCGGCCUCGGUGGUCGCACCGAAGAUGAGAACCUCAAAAACAAAAACCUCCGGGACUACUUAAGCAACUGGAACGACAUCGAAGAGGAGGAUUCUUCAAAUCUCGCCAACGCCACCGAAAAACCCCAGGAAAGCAACAAUAACAACCUUCCCUCUAACAACAACCAUCAAAACUACGAAUCCUGCCAGUUCAUGGAAAAAGCUCUGGCCGAGCAUUUGCCACCGAUGCACAGUGGAGUCAUCGUUGCCAACGUUUCCAACCAAGACCAAGCAGCAGCAGCUGCUACCCCCACCGGCAAUCUACCAGACAUCCUCGUCGACAUCGAAAAAACCAAGGAAGACAAACCGACUGCUGCUGGUGCUGGCGCCGAAGGUGGUCAGCAGGACGUCAGCGUCACCAUCGAAGUGGGCGAAAAACUCUACAUCCUGGAAACCUACGACGUUCCGCACUCGGAGCUGAACAAGUACAAACACCUGAGCGUUAUCAACGAGCUACCAAAGAACGUGGUCCCCAUUAAUGAUAGUGCAGAUUCGUUGAAGUUCCUCGAAGAAAUCGAAUCAAAUCGGGACAAAUACUACCAAACCGAUCUGGAAUCGGAGGUCGUAUACGACGAUAAAAAGAAGGAGGAGGAGAAGAAAGCCGAACGUACCGAAAAACCCGUCGAAGACGAACCGGAAUCGGUUGCUUCACCGAAGGAAGAACCUUCGAGCGAAGUACCGGUUCCCGAACAAUCGAAAGAAAUACCCAAUGAAACAGUUCAAGUUACCAACAAAGCCGCUGCUCCGGAGGAGGAAGAAGACAACGGUGAAAACUUUAAAGUUCCCCAAUACGUCCCUAAGUACCGGAAGCGACGCCCCUACUACGACAACGACUACCCUCGCUACCCGAAACGGGCUCGACGGUCCAGCAUCGAAGAUUUCCUGUACUGCACCGAUCGAAUAGCAGCUAAGCUGAAACCACCAAAACCACCGGUGCCGCAGAUUCACCAUCCCAAGCGACUGCUUACGCUAGUGGUUGCGGCACUGAACUCCCGCGAGUAUCGCCGCUACGCCAAGGAAGAUAUCGCUCGAAGGAAAGCGAUCGCGGCUGCUGCUGAAAAGGUUGUAGAAAAUGAAAGCAUUGAAAAGAGCGAAAAAAUUACAAGAGUGGCAAUUACUGAGGAGACUUCAUCUGUUGAGGAGAAGCAACAAGAGACGGCAGAGACGAUUGUGAUAGAAGACACUGAGGAAGACUCUGGAAGUGUCGAAAGGCAGAAGGAAAAACAGUCUCAAGAAUCUAUGGAGGGAGAUUUUCGGGAAACGGUCGAGCGUGAAAGCGAGCCCUUGGAGCUAAUGGACGUUGAAGAAUCGAUUCCAACAAGCAUCGUUCAAUCCAAACCGGAUCAGGAUAUUGAAGAAUCGAUUCCCACUAACGUUGUUGAGCUAAAGUGGGCGAACGAAGACACCGUUAAAGAAGUUACGGAUGUUGAAGCUGUUGAACUUGUUGAAGACAACCGUGAAGUUGACUGGAAAAAGGUUGAAAAAAGUUCUACUGUGAUCAAAACAACAGAACACAAAAACGAUUUUCCCGUACAAGAAGAAAUUGAUCUCACAUCUGAAACUGAUGAUGAUGAAGUGUUCUUUCCCAAAGUUAGUGCGAAACCAAUUGAGGAAGAACAACAGUCGAAAAUCGAGGAGAAUAAGCCCGAAUCAGAUGAAUUAAGCUCAAUCGUUGAAGACGAAAUACCCUCUGAAACGCAGACACAAAUUGAGAAUGUAACUGAAACUGAGGUUAGUGAAAUUUCAGUAGAUGAGAAGACAGAGAAACUUUGUGAAACUCCAGUGGAACACGGAAACCAAGAAUUCAUUGAAAAUGAGGUCGAAUCAAAUCAACCCGAAGACAAUUUCGAAGAAACUCCAAAGAAAAUUGACGAAUCAAUUGAACUCAAUGAGGAAGAUUUGGUUCAAGAGUCCACUGUUUCGGAAUGCAAUUCUGAGGAAACUCCAAAUCAAGUGAAUGAAGAAUCAAUUGACCUCAAGGAGGACGAUAUGGUUCAGCAAUCCACUAUUCCUGAAGAUCAAGGUGAGGAAAUCCCUGAACAAACGAAAAACGAACCAAUUGAACUCCACAAGGAGUUCCAUAUGGAUACAGAAUCCAAUAAAGAUCGAAAUGCGGAAGUCCUAAGGCAAAUGAAUGAUGAAUCAAUUGAGCUCAAUGAGGAAGAUAUGAUUCAGAAAUCCGCUGUUUGUGAAGCUCAGUCUGAGGAAAUUCCAAAGCAAAUGAAUGCUGAAUCAAUUGAACUUAAUGAGAUCGAAGACGAGGCUCAAGAUUCAACUGAAGAUGCUGACGAAGUUCAGCUAUCAGUAAGUCAGGAAGAUCGUGACUUUCUUGAAAAUGACGAAGAAUCAUCAAACGUCAGUUAUCCGAAGCGCUUGGAAACUGAGGACUCCCAAGAAUCGUUUCAUCCAACAGUGGAGACAGCCGAAGAAAAAGUAGACCAAAGACCUACCUUACCAAUGCUUGAAGAAGCGAGUGAAAUCGUUGAAGAGUCCAGAACAACGGAAUCAGUUAUUAUGAAAAUCGUCGAACAAGAAAUCAGCCAGGAGAAAGCUUCAAGUUUGGUCCCCCCACCUUCAGAAAAUAGUGGUGACGAGGAAGAAAUCGAAUCAAUCGAAUCAGUCAUUCAAACCCCCGUUGAAAAUACAAUCAAAGAGAGGGAAAAUUCAACUCUGUUUCAAGUACCUUCAGAAACAAGUGAAGACGAAGAAGAAGCCAAUUCAGUUGUUCUGAAACCCGUGGAACAAACGAAUAAUCGAGAAGCAACUUCACCGCCGCUUUCACCACGUCAAGAGGGCAGUGAAGAUGGACAUGCGGUCGAAACAACAGAAUCAGUUAUCGUGGAAUCAGUUGAGCUAGCAAACACCCAAGAGGAUACUCUAGCUCCGAGUUCAACACCCCAAGAAAACAGCGAGGACGUUGAAAGAACCGAUUCUACAGAAUCGGUAGUUCAGAGAUCUGUUGAAGAAAAGGUUGAUUUAGUAGAAACAGACAUCACAACCAACGAAGCUUCCGAAUCAAAGAAUUUCGAAGAAAGCAACGGCACGAUUGACUAUCCAGAGCUCCGAAUCCUGCAAAACAACGACUCGCAGAAGGAAAUCGUACGCGAGAGAAGUGAAUCACCGAAACGACCUCGCGACAGCAUCGAUCGGGAAAGCGCCAGUUCCAGCAGUUCGGGUAGCAGCUCUUCGUACUCGUCGUCCUCGGAAGAUGAUGAUUCAGACGAAUCGGACGACGACGACGACGAGGAUGACGAUAUUUUUUCGGGGUCUAUUGCAAGCCCGGCGGCUCCGGAUCAGGGACUGUUGGAGCAAGCCUGGCAGGAGACGGUUAGUGCAGUGGAAUCUUUCGAAGAAGGUCGACGGAGGCGAUCAUCGGAGAGUGAAGAUGAGCUGUCGUCAACUAUGUCGCACAGUUCCGAGAGGAAUGUCUAUGAAACGGAUGAGGAGUUUAUGGGGGUAGAUCAUCGGACAAAAGAGCUGAAGAAAAAUGAUGCUGAAGAAUCGGUAGAAGAUGAGUUGAUCGAUGAUGAGGCUGGAGGAAGAAAAGAAGUAGAGGGUAAUGUAGCUGAAAAGGUACAAAACGGUAAGGAAGAUGUUGCGGAAUAUGUGGACCUGACAACUGAAGAGUCUACCGUUAUAACUACUGAGGUAGAAGGAAAGAAACCAAUUGAUGAAACUGUGAUUGAAUCUGUAAAACCAAUUGAAGCUCAAGUAGAACCAAUAGAAGAAUCUUUUCAAGAAGAUGUUGCUCUUAAACGUAUAGAAGAAUCAACAGCAGAAGUAAUUGAAAACGAAGACGUCGACAUGGAAUUAACUGCUGGUGAAGAAGAUACAUCUGAACCAAUGGAAGUCGAUGAGGAACAACCGCAGCAACUGUUCAACCCAACUUCUUUAGUCGAACGCUGUCAGCAAGCGUUCAACAAAUUCGCCCAGCUUUACGACUACGGAAAAGUUCCAUCGUUGCGAUCUCUCUGCUAUAGGAUUUGUCUACAAAACGGCACGUUACCGCAGCCGCAAUCGCUGCUAAAAAUCUGCGAACAGUAUAUCUGCGACAAUCGACAGUUGUUCAUCAUCGAGGAGGUUGCGGAGGGUCCUCCGAAGUUGCAGGAUUUGUGCCAGCGAGUCGUCAACGAGACAAACAUCAUCAUCGAUGUAAACGAAUUUUGUAUUGUUGGGGAAAGCGGAGAGCUGGGAACGGUGAACAUUCGACAGGAAGAGGAGGAAUCGGGUCGGGUGUUCAUUGUUGAAGAGAGUCACGGUACGAUCGAGGAUUUGCUGAGGGAAGGAGAGUCGAAUCGAAUUGGGAUGGCAUCAGAGGAUGGGAGUGAGGAGCACGAUAUUUUUGUGGCAGGUGCUGGUUUGAGGGUUGUGUUGGAGAACCACGCUCUCUCGGACAGUGAUGAUGAAAUCUAUCGCAAGGUGGAGCAGGAGAUCGAGAAGAUGAUGACGACAAGUUCCGAUGAACACGAAGAAGGGGUGAAUGGUCGUGUGGAUAUCGUAGCAAUCGACGAAGAGGAACAGUUGAAAAAUGAGUUUUUCUCGUUUGUUGAGGAUGGUUGUAUCCAAUAUGAGGAGGUGAUUCCGGUAGACAAACAAGCUCAUCGCAGAGAAAGCUUGAUUAGAGAGCUGAGAGAGAAAUACGUUGGUGGGUGCUGUAGAGAAAUUCUGGCAAAGCGGAAGCUCGUUCGGAAGUACGUGUUCUAUCAACGAUUCUUCGUGACGAAGGAGCAGAAAAUCAAAUCGAAGCGACAGUUUUUCAGCCGGCGUCGAUCAGUUGUGCUGGAGAAGAUCGCAAGGUUACGCCGAGGAAUUGUGAAUGACGCAGACAGUGAUAGUGAUUGUAGUGUGAGCAGCUCAAGUAGUCGUAGCAGUAGUAGAAGUAGAAGUAGCAGUAGCAGCAGCAGUAGAAGCAGUAGCAGCAACAACAGUAGUAGUGACGCCAGCACCAGAAGUUCAUCUAGUACAAGAAGUUCGAGUAGCGAAGACGGUGCUACGGCAUCGGAAAUCGUUGAUCGUUCGGAAGAGGAAUCAUCGAUCCAGUCGGUGAAUUCCACCACUACCAAUAGCCUAAUUGAGACUAAUAACAAUCAGCUAGAUGUAAGUGUUAUACCUAAAUCGAUAAAAACAGAAUCUCAGAAGUUUGCCAAAGAGGAAGAAGAUAGCAAUAGCAACAGUAACAGUUCGGACAGCCGAUCGAGGGGGUAUCUUCGGCGAGCGACCAAUAUUCUACCGUUUGCCAAGAAGAAGAAACUCAGCUUCGAAGAAAGCCUUCUAGGCAUUGAAGAGCUGUACAAGAAAAACAACAACAGUCCAAAACCUACCGAAAAUUCUAGCCCGGCUGCGGCACCGAUUCGGGCACGUCGCUACUCGGCCAACAGCCGUCCAAACGUGAUAAUUAAUGUAAACAACAACCGCGAGGCUCCGCGGAAGCUCAUCAUUCCGUCGUACAAAAUAUUUGAUCAACAACAGGCUCUGGCGGCUGGCUGCGUGCCACCUGUCCCAAGGCCGCUCCGUCGCACCCUAAGCCGUAGUGGCAGCAGUAGUAGCAACAGCAGCAACGCCAGCAUACGUUCAAGGGAUCGCUCAAACAACAACAGUCGAAGCUCCAGCUUGAUAAACAACAGCUAUCCAAGCAAACCGACAGCAAGCGGUGAUACGCCUUCUUCGAUCCGAUCCAGUAAUCUGCGAACGCGUGCCACCAGCACGGCCAAUCGGGAAACUUCAUCGACUCCGCUCCUCGCCGAUCAGCGGAUUCCGUUCGUCCGGCUGGAACGAAUGGAUUACGUCGAAAAGCUCGCCGAGAACUACCGAAAACAGCAACAACAGCAGGCGUUUGCGAAACUGCGGCAGCGUCGAAAAUCGACCUUUUCUUAAGGUUUUAGGUUAGAUUGCGUGGUGAUCGGAUAAGCGAUAAGCACUGCACUGCUCCGUUUGUGUGAGAGAGUCCAAUCAAAAAUCAACCCGAUCGACACUGAAAACAAUAUGGAUAGAACCUUUUUUUUGUCGAUUUUUUUUUUAACCCGAACAAACACGUGAGCCGACUACGCCAUGUUUGUGAUUCGAACAAGAUAACCCCUUGAAGGCGGGCAAGCUUAACCGGAGCGGAAAAUGGUGCAUUUUUCCGCUCGCUGGCCAUCAUUACUGGGCUCAGGCAGCGUCCUUCCGUGAGGUCGCUCAAAGUUUCCAACCAGUCAGUCUCUAACGUGAUUACAGAAGCGUGCCACGGAACUAUCAUCAUCAUCACGAAGCCGUCGUGUAGCUACAAGACGAGCUUGGCCACCGUUGUUGUUGUUGUUGCUGAUGAUGUUCUUGUUAAUUUCAUUUGUUUGGUUUAGUUAUUUUUUUGUCGAUGAAUGCAACCGCUUGCUGCGAUCCAUAUCGCACUUGUUCUAGCAUAGGCCGGUUAAUGUUCAAAUUCAUGAUAAUCGCCGCCACUAACAUCAAUGGGUUGUCAUUUUUUUUUCAAUCUUGACGUUUAAAGACAAAAAAACUUGAAAAAAAUUGAAUCCAAAUGUUUUAAAUUUUAAACUUGCAAUAGCAUGUAAAAUAUAAUCUAUAUACUUACCAUUUAAUCUGAUUCUGCUUUCGAUUUUUAAUCCCAAAUUUAAACUGAUUUCUAAAUUAAGAAUUUGAAGAUCCUCAACCAAAUUCUAAAAUCAACGGUUCAGAUUGUUUUUUUUUUGUUCCAGUUUGAUAAUUCCAUCAAUCGGUUGAAUGUUUUGGAACACUCUCUCACUAAGCACGUGUUCAGUUAAAUACAAAAAAAUGUUACCAGAGAGCCACGAAACGAACCACGUGUUGCAGAGAGCGAAGAACUUGGUACGUUCUCUCCGGAAAGCAAAAGCUUCGAGCCCAUCCGAUUGGGGUCGUUAACAGACGUUACAUUUGACGUUGCUUGUUGAUAGUCGCAGAAACGUUACCAUUGAAUGGGUUGGGGUUGGUGUCCAUGCUGAGCUUUUCGAGAUCUCGUCGAAUCGUUACUUUUUUUUGAAAAGCGUUACCUUACGUCAUGCUGGUUGUGCCGGUUGUGCCCAUUCGUAAAAGUUAGCGUAACUGGGCGUUACUAUUUCGUCACAUGUGAUUUCAAAUUUAAAGCAAAAUCUGUCUGUUUGCUUCGAUGAUCAACAACUUAAUGGCAGUUAUACAAAUUUAAUCCUAAGCCUACUGUAGUGACCGGGCGUUCCUUUAGAAAGACAUACUUUUUUUCACAAAAUCACACAACGUUUGUCACGAGUCCGUCCGUAUUGAAUAUAUUUUCUUAACUGACUUUCUUUUUCCC